AUGCAUGCCAAUGCAAAGGGCUUUGGCAGUGCACCAGCCCCUACUAAAGAAAAGCCUACAAGCCAAAACUCCAACAAAAAUGAUCAGGAUGGCGAUGAGGAAAUUCCACAGGCUGUUUUCGAGAGGAUGCUGGUGAGAAUUGUGGCCUCCGUGGGGCUGCCGAUGGCCAUGGGCUUUGCAUUUUUGAACUUGUUUGAAGUGAUUAAGGAGAAGCACUUGUGGGACGUGCCACUUUGGCUCCCAUUCUUGACAACGUUGUUGACUUUUGGGUCUUCAACUCUUGGGAUCGCAUAUGGAGCUUUGUCUACAAGUUGGGAUGCAGAGAAGAAGGGUUCGAUUCUUGGUUUUGAAGAAGUUCAAAGCAAUUGGGUUGAGAUGUGGAGUGAGGAAGAUGAGAGCAAUAGCAAAAAAAAUGAUGGGUGA